AUGAGAGGUAUGAUUCAAGCAAAGCCAAACGCUGGCCAGCCGACACCGACGUACUCCACCGGUGGCGGCGGACGGAAGAAAGGCGUGUGCGUGAGGCCGUGGUUGGUGCUUUACUCAUCAGGGGACGAGCCGAAGUUGAUUGGGAAACACGACAUCAUGCGACGAACGGGUUUACCGGCGCGAGAUCUUCGGAUUCUAGAUCCACUGUUGUCGUAUCCAUCAUCUGUUUUGGGUAGAGAGAAAGCGAUCGUCGUCAACCUCGAGCAUAUUAAGACAAUCAUCACCCCGCAAGAGGUUUUCCUGCUUAACUCCGGUGAUCCUUUGGUGUCACCCUUUAAAUACGAGUUACAGAGGCGGAUUCUCUGCCACCAUCAUGUCUCUAAACCUCAGGAAGAGAACUCUGAGGGAGAGGCUCAUAUAUAUACGAGAAUAGAUCCUUCCCAAGGAGAAGCUGGAACGCCACAAUUGUUUGGAAACCAAGGGAGUGAUGUAGCCAAGAAAGAUGCGAAGCAAAGUCUUGAGAAUCAAGAUGGAUCAAAGGUUCUUCCGUUUGAGUUCGUUGCUUUGGAAGUCUGUCUUGAAUCUGCAUCCAGCAGUCUGGAACAAGAGGCCUUGAGAUUGGAGUUAGAGGCUCAUCUAGCCUUGGACAAACUUACUUCCAAGAUCAGUACCUUCAACUUGGAGCAGGUUCUACAGAUUAAAACCAGGCUGGUUAAUAUAACCGGACGUGUUCAGAAGGUUAGGGACGAACUAGAACAUCUUCUAGACAAUGAUGAAAAUAUGGCUCAGAUGUAUCUUACGGAGAAGCUAGCACAAGAAGUUGAGAAUUCAGAUCUUCUUGAAGGAGACGAGGAGGACAGGCUUGCAUCGGAGGCUAACAGAGAUGAAAGCUAUCUUAAAGCAAAUGAUGCUCACGAUCUUCUCACGAGUGAACUCAACGGAAACAGCCGUGGGACUCAUGCAAGCCCAACCCGGAGUGCCAUGAGCUACAAAUUCAAUAUUAAAGAGCUUGAAAUGCUUUUGGAACCAUAUUUCGUGCAGAUCGAUGGAACACUGAACAAACUAUCAACACUAAAGGAACAUGUGGAUGACACAGAGGACUACAUCAAGAUAAAGCAAGAUGGCGAACAGAAUCGUCUUUUGCAAAGUAAUGUGAAGGCAACAACAGCUACUCUGUUGCUUAAUGCCUUUAUAGUCGUUGCCGGAGUGUUCGGUAUGAAUAUAAGCAUAGAGCUGUUCAAAGAUGAGAAAAAUGGUCCAAUGAUAUUCCUUUGUAUUUCGCUUGGAUCUAUUUUUGGUUGGCUAUUCCUCUACGCUGUUAUCAUUCGCUGGUUUAAGUACAAGCGCUGGAUCAUUGAAUGA